AUGCGCGUAGCCCAGCCCGCGGUCGAGCCCAACAAGAAGGCCCGCACUCCCCGCAGCCCAGGAAUGAUCCAGUCACAAUUUCGAGCCCAGCACGACGUCAGCCCAAACGCGUGUGGCCCAGGAGCACACACGGAUCCAGGGAUUAUCACGAUUGUGCUUCAGAAUGAGGUACAGGGCUUGCAGGUGCGGCAUGGGGAAGAAUGGGUGGACGUCAAGCCCGUCCCAGGAGGACUUAUUGUUAAUAUUGGAGAUUUUCUUCAGAUUGUUUCGAACGGAGAGUAUAAGAGUGUUCGACAUAGAGUGUUGGCGAACGGGAACAAGGAACCUCGUAUCUCGAUAGUCACAUUCUUCAAUUUAGUUAAAUGGCGCGAGGACGGCAAAUACGGGCCCUUGCCGGAGCUGUUAACGCCCGAAAAGCCAGCCAUCUACAGAGAUUUCACCAUUGAAGAGUUCUGUGAGAACUUCUACAGCAAAGAACUGGACAGCAAGUCCUUUGUCCAGAAAACCAAACUGUGA